GAGGAGAACUGUUGUGUGGGAAAAGAAGAGAGAGGAGGAGGCGAUGGCGAGCACAGCGGCGGCGGUGCCGUUCUGGAGGGCGGCGGGAAUGACGUACAUCACCUACUCCAACAUCUGCGCCUCCCUCGUGCGGGGCUGCCUCAAGGAGCCCUACCGAUCGGAGGCCGUCGCCCGGGAGAAGGUCCACUUCAUCGUCUCCAAGUGGGCCGACGGCAAGCCCGAGAAGCCCUCCAUCCGUUCCGAUUCACCUGAAGCAUGAAAUGAAAUGAAGACAGUUUGAUAAUUGCAUGAAGGUCGCUCCAACUACAGCUAAGUGGUUCGUGUAAUGUUUGACUUUUUUCAGCUUGCAGGGAAUAAAGUUUAAAACAAGUUGUUAAACCAGUAUUUGCCUUUGGGCUGUUUUGGAAUUUACCUUCUUAUGAACUCAAAUCUGCAAUAUGCAAAUUAUGGAUUGUUUUUCUA